AUGAUGGCAAAGUUCAAAAUGUCCAAGAGGAAGAGGCGAGCUAAGGUGGUGUCGGACUGCUCAGUUCCGACAGAGCACAAGUGCCAAUGUGCCAAGGUCAUUCUGGCCAGCACCUUGUCUUCAGAGGAGCAGCAACGCCUGCGCAGGGCACUGGAGGUCCCAAGAACGGAGGCCGUUGCACCAGCAGAAAUCAUCUACCGCGUGAACUUUGUGGAUGGUAGCGAGUUGGAAAUCACUUUGGACGAGACAUCCUCAGUACAGGAUGCAGUAGUGGCUAUUGCCCAUCAGAAAGGCCUGUCCUCGGGUCAGCUGCGACUGCUGGUCUGCAGCUCGCCGGAGCUGCUGCCGGUGCUGCGGAGCGUGCGGCUGCUGGAGGCGGCACAUGGAUCCACCGAGUUGAUGGCUGCGCUGAGCAGUUUCUACCGCUUGGGGAAAGCUCAUGGGCUGCUGUCAUGCGAGGAGGUGAAAUUUGAUCACUAUGCCAGCUGGGCUUAUCUGGAGGAACAGGAAACCGGUGGCCUAGUGGAACGGGAGCUCGAGCGGGACCGCAACGAGCUGGACCGCAACGAGCUUUGUGAAGGCUAUCAAGUGACGAUGCCAGCGAUGCCGGGAGCUCUUCCUGGGCAGGACUUUAUCAAGGCAUCAUCUUCUCGGAAGGCGUGCCGCUGGUAG